UCGAGGCCGGCAGAUCGCUGCACGAAUUUUCGCACGCCACGCCGUGUGUGUCGGAAAAUUCCCCCCCUUCUCAAAAGUCGUGAGUGUGUGUGUGUGUGUGUGUGUGUGUUGGACCUGACAUUACGCGCCCGCUGCUCCCUGCUUCCAUGUGCGGGUGGGUGGGGUGAACCACUCCAGCUCCCGCGCCAGUCCGUGUGCGUUCUCUGUUUGUGUUUGUGCAUGCACACCAACAAGCACACGUGUGCGUUUCGGUGUCCAGUGCGUUCCUAUUCGCUUCGAAUCAAAAUCCACCAGAAAAGCUCCAGCAAGCAGGUUCCCGUUCGAAGCAGUGCCAGUGCCAGGAAAAGCCAGUGGAAAAUCCCGGUGGCAUUAAAAACGGCGCUCCACCGUCAAACAACGGAAAAGCAGCGUUUGGUGUGCGGGUUCAUAUAGUGCUGGUGGUGCUGUGUUUGUUCCGCUUCCGGUGCAGCACAGGCGGAAAAAUCUUCAGCUUCGCCUUUCCGGCUUGUGUGUCUGUGUGUGUGUGUGUGUCUGUAGCAGGACGGUUUGGUGUUUGGCAAACGUUCGGCAAAGCGCAGAAAUUUGAAGACAUCCGCAGCGAGCAAACCACAACCCGUGAAGCGUGAAAGAAGCCACUGAAUGGCUGCACGCAGACGAUCGCCAAAAUCCGAACCCGAAGUGCUUACUAUCAAACUGUUGUUGUCAGUGCAAGUGCAAUCAAGUGCAAGUGCAAAUCCAACACAAGUGCGUGAGUGCAAAAGGUGUGAACAAAUGCUGUUGAUGAAAUAAUCACGCCUGUGCAGGAGUUUGUGUUACGCGUACGCGAAAGUGCAGCAGCUCAGCUGUCCUCCAUUUUUGACGAGGCGUAUACCGAACCUGGUUGGACGCGACACAAUGGCCAAUCAAGUGUGGUAGCCAUUUUUUUGUUGGUGCUGUUUUGGUAGUGCGAAAUGUUACCACCAGCUGUAGUUGUGUGGCUCUUCCCGUUAGUGUUCCGUAGUGGUUCUUCCGACCGUGAGUUCUUGUAGGUGAAUUUCAAAGUAGUUAAAAAAAAUAUUCAAACUUCUACAAAGUAGUUACCGAAACAGUUUCUGUUCGCUGUGCACGUUCGAAGGCAAUGGCUACUAGGGUGCAAUAAAUUCCUCAACAAUUGUUUGCAUGUUCUGUGGCACAAAGUGUCUGUGUAAGAUGGUCCCGUAGAGGAGAUGAAACCCGCGUAAAGUGUUAAAUAUACAUGUGGGAUGCAUUGAAGAUAGGUGGAAAACCCAACAGUGAGCAAAAUAAGUUGGCAAGAUCGUGAUUGUAUUAAUUUCAACUCAAAAAUGUACGUGCGUGCGUGAGUAUGAAUGGGUUGGUUAGUUCCCGAUCGAGUGAGUUUGUGCCAUACAUCAGCUAAAGUUGUGUCUAAAUCCCUACCACGGGUGCGGAUCGUGAGCGGAGGUACAAACGAAUGAUUUAACACAUUGGUGGAGUGUUAUCCAGGAGCGAAAACCUAAACCAAGAAAAUAAAAAAGAGAAAAAAAAGGUAUUGUUAAGCCAAUAUUGCACAAAACGAGCGGAAGUGCGAGAAAAGUGGUGGCGUUGCAAGUGGAAAAGUUUUUUGUUUCCCUUCCAAUUUCUGUUCUGUGAAAAUCAAGAAGCAUACGAUUCACGUUUUUUUUCUUUCGUGUGUGUGUGAUUGUCUCUGAUACGCGAGUUUGUGUACGAGUUUAACACGUUUACAGCGCAGUAGAUGUAAACACAGAAUAGGGCACUAGCGUCAGCAUGUUGAUGAUGGUUGUGGUGUGAAGAAAAAAGCGAGAAAAAUCGAAGGCAAAAGAAGUGAAAACCCGAAACCAAAGAAGCAUGGGUGCGUUAUAUUAAUGGUUGAAUAAUUCGUUUCCAAAUUCGUGUGUCGUGUACCAAGCGUUUUUUGGGCAAAACCUCUGGAAGAGCUGAGCUGAAGUUUAAAAAAAAAAGGUUGUUGUUCUUGGUGAAGUGUGAGCCAGCAAGUGUUUUAAUUAUUCUGUGUCAGUGUUGCAUAGAGGGAAGGGUUUGUGUUGGCAGAGUGGCCCCGGGCGACCCGCGCUUGUGUCGAUGUGUUGCUAGAGCUCAGUAGUUGUUAGUUCGAUACUGAUUUGCAGAUUUGUUACGACCGAUUUUCACGGAACGGCCCCAACGAUGGAUAUACUGCCGAGCGGGAGCAUUUUCCGGGAGCUGCAGAUCAUCCACGAAACUGGAUGCUUCUCGUCCGAGUCGUCCUUCGAGGAUCAAUGGCAACAGACAUGCUACGAAAUGGAGCGAUACCUGAAGGAUGAGCCGAAGCUGCAGAAAUACAAGAAGCUGCCGACCGACACACCCUGGGACCUGUUCGCCGCACCCGGGCCCCUAUCCGGCUCGUGGAAGGUGGAGGUCGAACCGUACUGCUUCGACGAGCUCAACCUGAACGACCGGGCGUCCGAUUCGCGGUCCGAAUCGUCAUCCUCCUCGUCCUCCUCCUUCUCCUCCGACGGACCGCCCGGCUCGAACGGAGCGACGAACGGCUGGCAGGUUGGUGGCGCCAGCCUACUCAGCUGCGCCGUCAUGGUGAAGAAGGAACCGAUCGACGACCCGGACGAUGAUCCCGAGUCGGACAGCCAGGACGAGCGUAGUGACAAGUACAGCAACCGCAUCAAUCCCACCACGGAACUAGCGAACCGGAGUAGCAGCAGCAGUAGUAACAGCAGCAGUAGUAGUAAUAAUAGUAGCAGUAACCACCAUCACCAUCAUCAUCACAGCAGUAGUGGCAGCGGCAGCAGCAGCAAUCACCACACCAGUCUUCAUCACGGUCACCAUCGGCAGGCGAUCGAGCUGCGGCUUGUCGCGCGAACGACGAGCAGCAACGAUCUGCUGCCGACGCUGACGCCACCCUCCUCACCGGAGUCACACCUCAGCAAGGACAACUCGAACACCUCCAGCACGCCGACGGCCAACCCCACCACCACCACCACCAAUGGCAGCAGUUUAGCCGGCUCGAACGGGCUCACCUCGAUCAAGAAGGAACCGGCGGGCGAAAUUGCGCUGCUCGAUCGUCAGGGCGGGCAGAUACUGCGCGUAUCGGCCGGCCCGCACGUGGUCCGAUUGACGGCGGGGGUGGCCGGUGCGAAUGGCAAGAAUGUGGUGACGGGCGUGACGCGCGUGAUACAGGUCAGCCCCGGGCUGCAUGCGGCCAUUGCGCAGCGUAACUCAUCUGCCUCACCGAACGCGUCAGCACAACCGAGCUCGAAACAUCACCACCGACAGCAGGACCACAGUCCGGACGCGAAACGAAGGAUACACAAGUGUCAAUUUCUCGGCUGCAAAAAGGUCUACACGAAAAGCUCCCAUCUGAAGGCGCACCAGCGAACGCAUACAGGAGAAAAACCGUACAAGUGUUCGUGGGAGGGUUGUGAAUGGCGCUUCGCCCGAAGCGACGAGCUGACGCGCCACUACCGGAAGCACACCGGCGCCAAGCCCUUCAAGUGCCGGCACUGCGAUCGUUGCUUUUCCCGCUCUGAUCAUCUUGCGCUGCACAUGAAACGGCACGCCUAAGGCAUUCGUCUCCAAAACCUUCCACUGUCGUUCGCUCCGGCGAGCAGCACGAAGGCUCCAGCAGACGAAGACACAACGAGCAAGAGAGCUUUACACCAACGCAGAGGCGCCGGUAGGGGGAAAGUAUGAGAGGAGAGUUUUUAAAAGCACCCCGAAUUGGAAACAAAAGUGUGACGAUAGGCAAAACUAAACUGUGAAUAGUAAAUGUAGAAAAUCGAAACUGGGAAAACAAUGAACACACUAAUCACCAUUGGCUUUGAAACUGCGAAGCGGAGAUUUUCCACUCCGCACCCCGACUCGGGAAAAAGGCUAUAAAUGCCAAACGUGCAUCAACACUGUAGGGGCAGGCAGGGAAAUCUAUCUUUGGCUUACCCAAUUUCACCCCAUCAUAAUCACCUUAAUCGUAAAUCGUUCACCUUCUUCUCCGUUUAUCCGGUUAUCUCCAUAGCGCCGAUCAGCGUUGCUAGACGCUGUCUUUCGUUUCGUUUAUAGACGUCCAGUUGAGCUGAAUAGUGUUUUGAGCACGAGAGAGAUAUAAAAAAAAGAAACAGUUUUUUUACUGAUUGAAAACAAAACAAAAAGCGCCAUAUUGAAGCAUUGAAACAGUAUAGCAAACACACAAAAAGAAACGGAGAACAUUUUGUAGCAGAAGAAAAACCGCGCCAUUUGUGCUGUUAUGUGUUUGCAGAAAACCAACGUCCAAACUGUAUGCUGUUGUACUCGGUAAGCCAACAGACUCACAUUUAUAAACAUAAGCAAAAUGUGCAAAAUGUAUUGAUUUGUUUAAGUAGCUUAAGUUUCAAAGUUCGGUUUAAGUUACCCAUGUUUUAAGAAUGUGUUCAGUAGGAUUUCGUGCUACACCAAUGUGUAUAAUACCAUUGUAGUAUGUAAGAUUUACGUUCGUUUCUUUAUAUGUUUUUGUUUUAUUUGAGUUUGUGCAUCUUUUAUUGUGUUGUCAUCGAUAGUACAUGUUUUUGAUUAGUUUAAGAGUUUUUCAUUUAAAUUUUCAAAUAUUGAUUCAUUCUUUGUUUGUUUUGUAUUUUUGUUUUGAGUUUUACAUUUUAGUACCAAAAAAAUAAGUUUCACUUUUCGCGGAAUGAGUUUUAUAGGGCAAAAUAAUGAGUAUUUUCUAGUUUUGAGUAAAGUUUUAUGAGUUUUAAAUUUGAUCACGAUAACGAUGGAUUGUGCUUCCAAAACCGUUAUUUAUUUAUAGCUCUUCUUUUGUAUUUGUAUAUUCUGUUUUGCGUUUUUAAUCAUCUAAUAUGACCGUUUUGUAGUAAGUUAGUUUCUUGAAAUUAAGUACAAGCAUCGUUUUCUUCAUACACGUGGCCAUUAAUUGUUAGUACGAUUUUCGUAUUGUUUCGUAGCUUUUAGGUUAAAUUUAAUUGCCAUUUCUAGCAUCCGUGCUUAUCCCAGGCGUACACUAGAGUUAAAAUAAUUCCAAAUACCUUUUUAAAAAAACGUGCAAACAAGAAAGGAAACAUUUUUGUCCCAUUAACUCUGUACACAUGCCAAGAGAAGACAAGACGAACAGGAAACGAAAAAUACGAUCCAACACUUAUAAAAACAAACAUCACUGCCAACACAGAAAAUACCGUAACCAAGUGCGCCGUGCAACUUGCGUGACUUUGAAGUGCAGGGAAAUUCGGGAAAAAGUAAGCGUUAGGUUUGGGGUAAUAGAAAGGGGGCAAAAAGAAAGUCAAAACGAAACUUUUAAAUCAAACUGUUGUAUCCCUUUUUGUAUCUUUUCCCGUGGGGUUUUGGGUAGCAAACGGCAAGCGGCAGAUAUAGGGAUGCACUUUUUUUUGUAACUACGUGUUAUAAAUGAUCAAUUUAAUAGUAUCGAUCUAUUUCUUUCUUAACGUGCUAAUAUCAAUCAGUGUAUAUGUGCUUUCGUGCUGCUUAUAGCGAGAGAUAAUAUUCAUUAUUAUUCAGUGUUAAAACUACUGUAAAAAGCAUCAAACAAUCGAUGAUACGUUUAUAACGUUUGCUAAAUGGUUAUGCUUUGAGUUUGAGCAUCAAAACUACACUGUUUUGGUUUAUUUGCUUUCGGUAACUUCAUUGUUGGAGAGCCACAUAUAAUGGAGAUAAAAACGUAUUAACAACUGCUUUAUCUAUAUAGUGAUCGAAAAAACAUUUAUUACUACAAAACACACACUUUUCUGCGAUUAAGAUUGAAAAAGAAAGAACAAAUUGUUGAUGAAGUUCUCCCUCAAACCCACACACACACACACUCACGACACAAUUUUACACUUUACACACCCAAACGAAUGUGAUUGUUCCGAUUCCAGACGAUACAAAACGCAUCAAAACGCCAUCAGUAUUUGAGUAAGGGUAUAUUUGUAAAAACGGUUGCCAUUGCCGUUCUACAGCAAAAUCAAAGACAAACACUUUUGAUACGAAUAGCAAGUUAUGCAACUUGACCUGGCUGUAUGUUUAGCAAAAUUAUUUGCGAAACAAGGCCAUCGAGACAAAGCACACACACAUGACGAUCAUACAACUGCAUCAACAACAAACAAACAAAAAAACAACUAAAAACGAAGUAAAACUUUGGAGAAAAAAACAUAACAAAAAUGCAUAAAUCAAGAGAUAGAAGAAAACUACAUUUUGUAACACAUGAGUAUCACAAGCGAUCAUAAAAAAUGAAAACAACUUAAAAAGUAAGCAAAACCAAAAACAGGCUACCAUCACCACCACAAUCUUACCCAUUUUAGAGCAAAUAUUAGAAUAAUUCUGACGGGCUAUAAGUAAGCAAUUGGAGCAACGCAGGAAUGUUAUCCAUGAACUGUAAGGUAGAUUUAGAUUCAAAAAAAAAGAAGAGAAAACCAAAACAAAAACGAAACACUGCAACAGCAAACUAACAAAUAGAAAAAAACAGAUAGAAACGUAAACCUAUACAAAGAGCUCACUCACAACUAGCGCAAAACUGAUGACAGCCGUGCAGUUAAAAAACCAACGCAACAAAGUAAAAACAUAAAACAAAACAACGGCUAGCAAAAGCACCGCUACCAUUAAAAAAGGAAAAUAACAGUGAAAAACAUGUGUCAAAAGUAGUAUUAAUCAAAGACUGGAUAAAUUUUUAACGUGUAUUUUAAAUGGAAAACAAGAAAAAACGAACAAACGAACUAACGAUUGUAUAAACAGCACAACCACUAAUCACACUAAUCACACACUAUCACACAAACACUAUUGCAGCGCAGGAUGCUACGCAGGGAUAAUGACGAGAGGAAUUGUUGUAAGAAGCGCGCUGAAACAUUUUGGGUUUCAAAUGCAAUUCAUCCCCGGGGGUAUUAAAAUCGACCUGCCAUAGCAAGGUGCGGCCAGAUAUAUGUACGUGUGCAUGUGUGCGCGUGUAUGUGUGUGUGUGAAAAGUACGGACAAUACAUGCUAUCUUCUGCUCUAAUUACAGAUUCUACUUACAGCGAUAUUUUGUCAUUUUUACCUACCGUUUAAAGCCCUAUUUGUGCAUGCUUGUAAACUCUUCUUCCUUGCUAGUGUUAUUUUGUCUCAUAUUUUUUUCUAAUGAAUGCAAGAAAAAAUGGCGAAUGAGGAUUUAAAUCAAAAUAAUGGCAAAGAAAAUUUAAAUUAAAUCUAUGCACUAUAAACACACGCAAACACACCUACAAUCAGUACACAGAAUCGUGACGAUGCUGAAUGUCGAUAGAGUAUUAGUAAAGCGUAAGGUAGCUUCAGCACAGAUGAGAAAACGCAAAACAAUACACGCACAAAGGUGCAAGAAAGCAAGAAAAGUGAAACACAGAGCAUGUGUGUAGACAGUUUAGAUAAGAUUGGAUAUUAUAUAUAUAUACAUACAUAAAUGGAUAUAUAUAUUUUUUAAACACAUUUUUUUCCUUCAACGAACAGUAGUGUGAAAAGGAAACGUUCCGCAGCAACAGAGAGAAGCUACUAGAUAAUUUUAGGAAGAGACAAACAGAGGCAGAGAAGCGGAGAAAGAGAGAGAGAGAAAGUAAAGAGAGAAAUUUAAAAGAAACUCACAACCCGAAAAAACAACACGCAACGCCAAUGAUGGUGCAAAACAAAAACCUUUUGGCACAACUAUGGUAAAGCUUUUUUUGUUAUUUUUUUUUGUAUUCCUUCACAAAACGAAUAAGCAAUAGCAAACAGCAGGGGCAAAGCGAUUGGAUAGAGGGUUUACUUUAAAACCCCAAACCCCGUUCCAAUUGAUUUUGAUUGGUGGUGGUCGGGUUAAGCAGGUGACGCUGGUUUCACUUUUUGGUGUUUGUUAGAAGCUUCGGUUUUUGGCACCCGCCGCGCACACACACACGUAACAUCGAAGCCACAGGUCAUUUCAUUACGGUGAGAAACCAACGCAACACUUCCCUCUUGACUCCCGGGACGGGAGGAAGCCAAAGCUCAAAGCUCAAAUACCACCAACAGCAUAGACAAAAAAAAACAAACAAACAACACAAAACGCUCUACUAUUUUUAUACUCGAUUCGGCACUCGUUUGUGGUGAUUGUGAUUGCCAUGAAUGAGGAAUAGGGAAUCGAAUUUAAAUCGACAACUGUGCAAAACGCGUUAAACUUUAACAAGAAAAGCAAAAUGAAGAAAAUGUCUAAAAGAAAUUAAAAUAAUAAAAACAUGUUCGUGAGCAAACCAAAAAACAAUAACACAACAAUCCAACAAAAGGGGAAAGAAUUUUAUACAGCUUCAUAGGAACUAAAUAUCAAAUCGAGGUGACAGAAAUCUUAAAAAAAAAAAAAUUGCUCAACCACACUUGGUAACUAAGGAAAACAAUAAACACCUCUCAGCGGCAACAUCACAUCACCUAUGCCCAAGGCUUGAGCAGCAAAAAUAAAAGAUCAAACAAAGAGAAAUGGAUAAAAUUUGUUUUUAUCUAAAAAGUACCGCAAUCAUUCAUCAUCGGUGACGGUUGUGUGAUUGUGUUUUGUAUACAUUGCGCAGUAGGCCGAUAAAGAAGAUCAGAAAGUGUUGAAAAAACAUGUAAAACACACACAUGCACACAAGAAAGAGCAAGAAAAGCAACAGAAAUGUGAACAAGUGAGUGAGAAAUGAAUGGAAUAGAAGAGAUUUAAAAAAGUAAAAAAAAGGAAUAAAUCGUUGAAAGAGAAAAGCGUUUGAAACAAGUAUAACAUAUAAAUGUAAAAUUAAAAUUUAGCUCAUACUUUGCGCUUCUUUACAGUAAAACGAUUCAAAACCUAUCGUUAGUAGGAAAGAGCAUAUGAAACCAAAACAAAGAAAGAGUUCGCCCUCUUGCAGACAAAAUUCAUAUCAGUUGUACCCGCUCGUGGAUUCAAGUGUUUCAAUUGUUUGGAUCGUUAUGUUUCGGUGUAGUUAAAAAAGGGCAAUUGCGGGGCUUACAGCUUGCACAAUUAUCUCUAUUGUCUCUUAUAAGAUAAAUUAAUUAAGUACGCUAUAAAAAGGCAACAUUCUUAUGAUGAUUUAGCUUCAAAAUUUAUAAAUACGAUAUUUAUCCAAAAUUUAUUACAACCCCCAACGGUUGCGGUUCGUGUAGAUGAGUUGUUCCGUUUUCAGCUAAAAUCAAUUCAGUACUUUCAGCCACUCGAUCAAUUGCAUUCCGCUAAGUAAGCACCGACCGAGUUACACACAGCAUCCUCCUGUUUUGUACACAUAUGUGUCGGUUUAAGCAGUGAGUGAAACAAAAUUAGUAUUGAAUAUAAAUUAUUAUAUAAUGGAAAUCUUAUUACGCAAAAAGAGAGCGAGAGAGAGAAGAAAAAAACAAACCUCAACGUUCACUCGAUAUAAUCGACUCCAAUCGCCAUACGGAUUGAUCUUGUAUAGGUUUUAUUACUCCCAAACAUUACAAAACACAUUAUAAUUAGCGUGCUGGCCCAUUGUGCAUUGCGCAAGUGGAAAAGUUAGUAUUAAAACAGCAAAAAUUGCAAGAAACUUAAAAGCAUUGUUAUUGUGUCGCUUGUUAAACUAAAGCCCCAAACCCAACCAACCAAACAAACAAAAGCACGUACCGAUAAAGUUCAUUUGCUUGGCGAAUUUCGUUGCACCGUUGGUACGUGGGUGUGCUGUGCGCAUUGCUCAUCAUCAAGCGCACUGAACACUAUUGCUGAAGGAGAUUUGUGUCCUCUUUAUGGCAGGGUAAGGAAUAGGAAAGAAAUAGUAAAACAAAAACAAAAACAAAAAAAAACAACAGAACGGAACUACCGAAACGUGUAAAUACAAUGAGAGUGAAGCAAAACAAAGAAGAAUAAAAAAGUGAAGAAAAGAACGCAAAAAUACACGAUCAAACGAGAAGGCCGGUGUAGCUAAAGCAAAUAACGUAACCGUAAGUAAAUAAGUGAUAUUUUCAAGUAGUUGGCAAAAUCUGAUAUAAAGAAGAAAACACGUAAACCAUGCAACCGACCAGUUGCACACACGAUAAAUAUUGAUAAACCGAGAGGCACGGAGGUAGAUUGUAAAAUAGAUAACAAAAAACCAGAACAGAAAACAAAAAAGAUGAUAAACAUAAGAAACAUUCCCCACCCUGGGCCGGUAUUUGUAUGUAAAGAUGUAUAUGUGCCAGUAUAACGCCAGCGGUUGAGCGGGAGAGUAUGUUUGUAUGUGUACGUAAGUAUGUGUGUGUGUGUGUGUGUGUGUUUGUAUGUAUGCUAUAAGAUGUACCGUAGGUAUUUAGCAAAUAUUUGACAACGGAAAAGAGGAAGAGGAGGCAACACAAAACAGAGACGCGUAAAUCAAACCGAAUAGUGUAAAACCAGACAAAUAGAGCAAAGCGAAACGUUGCAAAAGUUAGCAAAACCUAGUAUGCAGGAAAGAAAGCAGCGUAAGCCGGUAAGUUCCCGGAAUAAGUCGGGGAUGAGUUUAGAGAGGUAAUUGAGCGAGAAGCUAUUUUUUAUGAAAGUUUAUAAUUGUAAUUUUGUCUAUAGUUGAUUAAAAAGUAGUAUAAAUGCAAAGAGAAAAAAGAGAGGGAGAAAGAGAAAGGAAGGAAGUGAAAGAGAAAGGAAGAGAGAGAGAAAGAAUUGUAUUAAACAAACAGAGCGACAACUAAAAAUGGGAAAAGACAAGAAAAAAGAUCACACACAGGAACAUAACAAAACAAACAAAUCAAACUGAAAAGUUAUCCAAUUCAAAAGAUAAAGCAGAAAAAAAAACAAAAGCAAACGUUCAGCCGGAUUGAUCCUAAAUAGAGAAGAUAACAGAAGUUGGCAAAAAAAGAAAACAAUUCGAAUAGAAAAAAAA